AUGAGACCUGAGAAGGAUCACAAGAGCCGUUCUGGCUCGUCGGGCGACAAGCACCACCACAAGAGCUCGAGGCCCAAACAGCAGACCGCCCAAACGGCCGACCGUGACGAGGCCGGCUAUGAAUCUCAGUACUCCAACCCUGGCAGUUGGAACCCCAGUGGUUUGACAGACGAGCAGCACCGCAAGAAGGCAAGAGAGAGAGAGGAGAGAAGACAGUAUGCCAUUCAGCAUCCUGGCGUGGCAUACCCAAAGAACGGGCAUCGCAGCAGCCAUCCUGGGAAGCAGUUGGCAGACGUCGAACACCUGACUAGCCGUGGCGGUGGCUACCAAGGCCAGGCACAACAGCCGUACUACCCCCAGCAACUCGACAUAGAUGGCGACGACGGAAAUGUCGCUUCAUCCAACAGCUAUGCAGCUAGCUCAUCAUACUACGAUCACCGCACCGGUACUUGGUAUCGCAACUAG